GAUAAGAAACGGAGCAGUUAUACAGUUAUUGCCGGUAUUUGAAUUUUGAAAGACAUAGUCAUGCCAUUCUUUGAUUAUUUUCGCAAAUAAACCUUCUAACUUUGCUUGACCUUUACCAAGGAUGAUAAAUGGCCGGGCUUAAAAAAUUUCUGAAGAAACACGGGGGAAAAAAGGGCUCCGCAUCGAAAGAGGAUGUGCGGUCAAAUGCAGAUAAUGAACUCGCAUUUGGCUAUGUUAUCGCGAAGGAGAAAGAUCUACCAAAACUUCAUAAAGCCGUGUGGGGUAGGGAUACAACUAAAGUAAAACAACUUUGCAAGAAGGCCGACAUUAAUCAAUUUGACAAAGAAAACAGAACACCCUUACAUUUGGCUGCAGCGACAGGAAAUGAUGAGAUCACAAGAUUUCUUUUGGCAAACAAAGCAAAGACAAAUCUUUGUGACAAUGAUGGAAGAACUGCUUUGAUGAAGGCUAUUGAAUGUUCCCAUAAUGGUUGUAUUGAGCUACUACUAGAUAACAAUGCUGAUGUCAAGGUCACAGAUAUCAAUGCCAGUUCUACAUUGCAUCUUGCUGCAGCAAACAAUCUCAUUGAUACUGCUACCUUGCUUCUGCGAAAAGGAAUGAACAUCAAUAUCAGUGACAAGGAAGGCUUUACACCUCUUCAUGUUGCGGCAUCACUUGGUAAUCAAGAUUUUGUUCUCUAUCUUCUCAAUGAACAUGCAAAUGUUGACUGUGUUGAUGCUCAUGGCAGAACUCCACUUAUGACAGCUGCAGCAGAUGGACAUAUGGACAUUGUGAAGAUGUUACUACAAAAUGAUGCAGAUGUUAGCCUGAAAGAUGCGCAGGGCUGGAAAGCUAGUGAUCAUGCUGUUAUGAAUGGAAUACAUAGUUGUGCUAAAAUAAUUGAUGAUCAUGAAUUGCGUCAAACACAAGAAAAAGAAAAAGCAAAAGCGCUGGAGAAAAAGGAGCCAGCAAAGAUUGAGAAGAAGCCAGAUAUCAUGGAGGUUUUAAAAUCAGCAUCCCCAGUUAAUGAAGACCUGGAUUUUACCUUUGGUGGUCCUGCAGCGGAUAAAGUCGGCAACGAUGCUUUUCGAAGUGAAGAUAGCACGAGCAGGCAAUCAGAAGAAGAGGAUUCCUGGGGUGAAGACACUGACGAAGAUAUUUCUGAACCUAACAAGAAAUCCACCAAAGUCAGUUUAGCAGCAGCCCUGAAGAAGGUAGAAAGAAGUGAAUCAAAUGAAUCUGGUCAAAGCCGAAUUCCUGUUCGUAGUUCAGCGGCAAGCCCAAGCACCACUCCAGCUCGCUCCCCUGAGAAAGUAACUUAUCAACCCCCCAGUAAGAUUCCUCGCCCUGUAUCUUCAUCCCCUCCUACAUCAGGGGGCCUCCCCUCUCCGGAGAAAUCUAGCUCGCCUCGAGAGUUAUCCUCGACCAAUAAACAGCAUCCAAUUUCACCCACAACAUCAGCGAAGAGUGCAACAUCGGGGAAAAGCACCCCUGCCGUGACUAGUCCCCAGCCCAGAUCCCGCGUCGUAUCACCUUCGGAAUCUGUUCGGUCUGGUUCAAAUAUGCAAGGGAGAUUAGAUCGUCGUGUCUCUGGAGGAUCAUUGCCGUUAGAAUAUCUUAAGCCCUCUGAAGAAAAUACCGACUCUGAACAGGGUGCUAAAAAGAAGGCUGACCAAUCAUUAGGUUAUUCCCCAAGUUUCCUAUCUCCCCGCAGUGAUCAGUCGAACAGAAAUCUCGCAGAUGAACUGGGGUUAAGUCUGAGUGGCAGUGAAAUAGAAGAGGAUUCAGUGAUGUCGGGUGAAGUUAGUUUUGAUGAUGCCAGUAAUCGUGAUGAACCUAAAGUAUUAACAUCCACAGUGAAACCACAAGGGGAACGAAUUCAAGGUACCAAAAACCCAGCAGAAUACCUAGGAUUAGAUCUUGACAGUCCAGUUAGUUCAGUUUCAGAUCCUGAUAUCAGUGGAAUGUCAGACAACAAGCGAAACAGAGAAAGAUCAAAAAACGAAAAAACUCCGGAAAACAAAGUCUCGAAAUCUGAUUCACGCCAGAGGAAGGAUACAGAAGAAACAGAUUCUAAUUGGGACAGCUCAGAGGUUUCUCUACCGUCGGAAAAUGAAAAAGAAACUGAACAAACGUCAAAACCUUCUGUGAAAUCAAAACACGAUUCCGAGUUAAAAGCCGCUGUCGAGAAACGCAAAACUACAUUAGAAAAAUCAACACUUGCCGAAGGAUCCGGAAAGGAACGAAGUGUUGACAAGAAUCGUGGACUGACUGACGAUAAAACUGGAGUGUUGACCGGAAGUGAAUCGACGAAGGAAGAAACGAGAAAAAAAGAAUUGGAAAAAAUGAAAGAACAAGGGAUGGCAAAAUUGAAAGCUGAAGAGAACAAAAAGAUGGAAAUUGAAAAGAAAUUACAAGAGGAAAAGGAGAAAGAAAAAAGCAGAAUGAAGAACUGGGAACGAGAACAACAGGAGAAGGAGGAGCAGAGACAAAAGGAUUGGGAACGAGAGCAGCAGGAAAAAGAACAAGAAUUAGCCAAGUCGAUUAAAAAAGAGCUUGAGGACGAAUUAGGAAUUGAGAGUGAUUUCAAUGUAUCUGAUGAGGGAAGUGAGGUACAGUCAGGGUCACAAGUUGACGAUGACGAGGGUUCGCUGCUUUAUAGCAAUGAACAAAGAGGGACUGAAGAUGUUACAACAGGGUACAAUGAUGGCAAAAAUGAAAAUGUAAUGAAAGGAAGUAUUGAUCAAAGACUAGUUUCUAAUGAACAACCAACGAUAACAGGAGAUGUGGGUGGACGUGAUAAUAAGAAUAGUGGAAAAGAUAUAUCUUCAGCACCUACAGACGUUAUUCCAGUUCAACAAGGAACCUCGGGAGAUGCUGAUAGACGAGCAAGUAUACUUGGGGAUUUCGAGGAUCAAGAAAGUUCUCAGUGGGAUAGCAGUCAUGACGAUGAUCUUGAAAAUGAUCAGGAUGGAGUGGGAGGAGAAGGGAGUUUUGAGGACAAAAAUAGCCGUCGUCGUAAGGACACUGAGGGAAGCGAGUUGUCCUUCACAGAUAAUGAUAGUCGCAAUCGUAGGGACACUGGUGGUAGUGGAGGCACUUUUGAGAGUAACAGCCGUGAUCGUAAGGGAAGUACAAGAUUAUCUGAUGGGAUAUCAGAGGGUCCUGAGGACGACCUCAGUGAAAGCGAAGGUAGUUUUGAAUCGGAAAGGACAGUUGAUGAGCAAGAAGUGACAUCUUCAAAACAAGAAAUCAUCGAUCGAGAGAGAAUUAGAAACAACAAUAAUGUUAUAGAGAAGCCAGUUGUGAAAGAUGAUGUAUUGAAACAAGAGAGUUCAAGAUACAAUGAGGAAGCUGAAGGAUUCCACGAUACAUCAGAGAGUAGUAGUAAGAUCACAGAACAUAAACAUAGUGGUUCAUCUAGAAGUGGUACUGGAAUCGCAGGUGAAAACAUGUCGCCUAGGAGUAACAGUAGGAUUACAGAGGAUGCGAGGCGAUAUCAAAGAGAAGAAGAUGACCUGCUCGAAGCGUAUAAAGCACGUCAAGAGGAAAUUCUCGAGCAAGAGCGUAGAAUGGAGGAGGACAUGGCACGCAAGGAGCAGGAACGACUGGACGAGAUACGUCUUCAGUUGCAACAGCGACAGGAAGAAGAAAGCCGCAAAAUGGCUGAACUAGAAAGACAAAGGAAAGAACGGGAGAUGGCGAUACAAAGAGAAAGAGAAGAGUAUGAAAAUGAAAUGAAAAGAAAACAAGAAGAGAGAAGGCAACUAGAAGAAGAACGAAAAAGAAAGGAAAUUGAAAGACUGGAGGAGAUAAAGAGAAGUGAAGAAGAAAGUAGAUUGAGGUCAGAGAAAAUACAGAGUUUGUCGACAAUGCCUGACGAAACAGAGGUCAUAAUCCAUUCUACCGACAGCUCCCCAGUGGGAAUGCAAGCGGAACGUUUGUUGACAGAAAAGCAUCGAGGUUUUGUUGAAGAUGCUGCAAACACAGCCACUGCUGAAAUCCAAAAGGUACAAAGCAGAGAUCGCUUAGCUGAUCGCUCUAAAGAGAUAAAAAAACGGCAGUUAGAAGCAAAAGCUGAUUUAGAAGCCGUUCGUCUGCAAACCAGUAAAUUGAAUGAUUCGAACAAAUGGGAAUCACCAUCUCCUAGUUCUGAUUUGAUGCCACUUUCCGCAAAAGUUGAGAAGCUCAAUCCACACUCACCACAAGAUAUCCAUUCUGAUUGGUCAACGUCCUCCGAGGAUGAACGUGGCAGACCACAAUCUCGCGCCAAAACUCCUUUGUCAAGCGGGGAGACGGGUCUAGGUUCUAGUUUGUCACCAGGUCUCAGUAUCUCGCGACCAUCCUUACUGCAAACAGUACCAGUUAUGACAAGCUCUACUGCAGUGACAGAAAAUUCCCCUGCUGUUGUGCAGCUGAAAAGCUCUUUACGGGAAAGCAAGCGACAGCUAGAAAAAUAUCAAGAAAAACUGACGUUGGCUGAAACGAAAGUCAGGCAAUUAGGAAACCAUUCCGAUGACCUGCAAAGUAAACUGGAAGAUGCCAUCAAUCAGAAAUCGGCAGUUGAACGUGAAUUGUUUGAAAUCAACGAGGAGAAUCGUUCCCUGAAACACGAAUGUUUACGGUCAGCGGAAGAUAAGAAGAUCGCUGAAUCAUUGACUGGGACUGUAAAAGAUCAACUGAGGCGAUCUGAAGAAAAACUUACCAAAGAGAUUAAACAGCGCAGAGCUGCUGAAGAGACUGGUAAGAAAUUGGAGGCAGAACGUGCAAAUCUCGAGAAUGCUUUACGUCACAUAGCUCUGGAGCUGGAAGAUUUGAAGAAACUAUUGGAACGAGAACAAGAACAAUCCCGAUUGAAGGAUGAAUUAUACCGGGAACAGAAAAAACAAAAUGAAGCGAUAAUUAUGGAAUCACAAAAGCUUUCACAGCAUCGAUCUGAAGUGCUGACGAAACUAGAAAGUGCAGAUGAAGAUCGUAAGAAUGUGGCAGCGAGUUCAGAGUCUUUGAGGGAACAAUUGAUUCAUGCCAAGGGUGAAAUUGGAAGGUUAAACUCCCAGCUAGAAACUCUAACAAAAGUAUCCAAAAGUGAAGUGGAUCUGCUGAAGAAACAGUUGGCGGAACAAACCGAGAAUUGCAGACGACUUGAAGACAAUCUUGCCAAAGUUCGUUCAGAUUACGAUACUCAGAUGUCUCAUAUGCAAGCUGCAAACAUUGAACAACAAAAUAAACUGGAAUCAGAAAUGGAAGCAAGACAUGGCUUACAGUCUGAGGCGAUGGUGCUGCGCGGUCGGUUGGAAGGCACCGAGAACGAGCGAAAUGAAGCAAAUAAGAACAGGGCUGAUGCUGAAAGGCAACUUCAUAACUUACGUGAUGAACUGUAUAAGAGCAAGACUUCGUUAGAGAAAGAAGUUUCAUCACUUCGAGAAACAAAUCAGAUGACUACUUUGAAGCUCAAUACAGCAGAGAAUAAAAUAUCUUCACUGGAAGCUGAGUUACAAACAGCUAACAUUAUGCUUGCUGAAAGAUCCAGUCAGAUGACGAUGAACAUGCACGAUAUUGACAACAAGAGAGUUUCCAUAACAAAACUCGAGUCAGAUCUUAGAACUGAGAAGGACAAGAAUGCUAGAAUUUCUGCUCGGUUGGAAUCAGCUUCAGAUAAGAUGAAAGAUCUAGAGAAGGAAGCGACCAGUUUACGUCGUCAGUUAGAUCUUGCUGCUGAUAAAGUUCGAAAACAAGAGGAAACGUCACAGGAAACGCAGAGCAAACUUAAUUCAACCUUAUCCGAAAUUAAGACGGAUUUCGAAAAGACCAAAGGCAAAGUAAGCGAGAAGGAACGACGCCUGGCAGAUGUUGUUGAAAAAUACAAAGAAGAAAUGCAACAGAAUUUUAUAAAGGCUCAAAAACAAGAUGAAAACAUGCGGCUGUUACACCAAGAACUUGCUGAAGCGUCUCGAAAGAUUUCGUCUGCUGAGGCUUCAUUGGAAAUUCAACUGAAGGCACGUGACGAUUUAGAAAAGGAACGUGAUCACUUGCGAAAGACACUUAGAACCUAUGAAGAAAAGAUGACUGUAAAAAUAAGCGAGAAUCAAUUGGUGAACGGUCAUGCUUCGGCACUGAAGAACGAGCUCGAACACUCUCGGAAAGUGUCGGAAGAGACGAGUGAACGACUGGCUACGACUGCAUACGAUUUGGAUAAUCUCGUAAAGAUUAGGGAGGAAAACGUUAACAACAUAAACUGGACUGGUUUAGAAGACGACGUUACAAAACUUAAAGUAGACCGAGUCAAUUUGGAGGCAACUUUGCAAGAAGAGAAAGCAAAAACGAAUCUUCUGCUGAGAGAAAUUAAAGAAAAUAAUGAGGGUCGAACACAAUUAGAGUCGUUGCUCUCACGGAUUAAAUCUUCAAAUAUUGAUUUGGAAGAGCAGUUACGUACCGAGUCUUUUGAUAAAACACAAUUAGCUCGAGAAGCUGAGGAGGCUAAAGGACUUUGGGAGUCAGAAGUGCGUGCCAGGUCUAAACUAGGAGCUAAGAUUCUCGAAAUGGAAACAAAUCUCGGUGAAAGCAAAGCUGCCAUUGAUCAGGAGAAAAAGAAAGUACGUAAAGCUUUGGAAAGUCGAAAAGUGAUGCAAGGAAAACUGGAUAUAUAUGAAAAAAGAGCUGAUCAACACGAGAAAGAAGUGCAGACAUUAAAGACGCAAAUUAAAAGUUACAAACGACGUUUGAAAGAUCUACUGAACAGCUCAAACCGCAUUCCAACUUUGCAAGCGGAGUUUGACCGGGAAACUCAACAAUACGAAACCACAAUAACAUCACUGCGUAGCCAGCUCUGUGAUAUGAACGAAAAAGUACGACAAGAAAGCGACGCUCGUGUCACUGCUGAACGAAAGGGAAAAUUGUAUGAAAAUGACUUGAUGUUGUCCAGGACGCAUACAAAGGAUUUAACGCGGAAAGUCCAGAAGUUAGAGAAAAUGAAUAAACAAACGACGGAUGAUAUCGAUAAUUUAAGGGCGCAUUAUGAGGAAAAUUUUGUGGAGAAAGCUCAACUGGAUCGCAUGAAACUUGACAUUGAAGCAAAGUCUCGAAUUGAACUUAACCGCAAAUUGGCAGAUGUCAACGCUCACUUGGAGGAACAGGCUCUUGCCCGAGAGGUCCUGGAACGAUCUCGUAACGAACAAGAAGAUAUUAAAAAUAAAGAAAUGGAGGAGAGUAUUUCAAAGCUCAGAAGGGAUAACGAACAAUACCGGUCAAAAUUGCAUAAACUUCAAGCUCAAAAAGAAACAGUGGAAGUUGAAGCAGAACGAUUCAAGGACAUGUAUGAAAUUGAGAGUAAACGAAAAGAAAAGUUAAACAACUUACUGUUUCAAGAAAGAGAGAAGUCCGCAGAGUCUAAGACACUUUUCAAUUUAGAAAGGUCUCGCACAGACAAGAUUCUUGGCAACACUAGUUUAUCAAGAGUUGAUCAUUCGCCUGGUACUUUAGAUAUUUCUUAUAGGGAGAACACGAGUGAUAAAAGUCCUGGACGUAUCUAUUCGCAGCCAAAAGAGAAGUUCAUGGAAUCUGUAGAUAAGGAACUUAGUAAAAGUAUUCAAAGACAUUUAGACUCAAUUUCCACGAGUGAUUCACCUGAUAUGUGGACUAAUAAGGGCAUAAAUAUGACGUCAUCGCCAUUAUCAACAUCCUCCCGUCAGUAUAUGGAAACAUUAAAAAGAAACUAUUUUGUCUGAUACCACAGGAACUAUGCAGGGCUGGGCAUACUGAUCGUAUAUUGCUGACCUAAACCAUUCACUUGACUGAAGUAGAAUCUUUACAAAUUAUGACAGGAAGUGCUUUGUGUUCCUUAAUGCAACCUCAGUGCUCAUGACCAAUAUGAAACAUAGAGAAAUGAAUUUAAGAAAUGAAUUUAAUGACUGAAAUAUUUUAAAAUUGUACAGUAUUUAUAGAAGUAUAUGUUAAAUUAUAGUCUUUCUAUAGAGAAUAGGUCAUUCAAUCCUAGUUUGUUUACUACGGUUCAAUUAUUUUAGAAAAUAUUUUUGUACAUAGUCAUAGUCACCUUUCUUUCUACAAGU